UGGGAACACGUAUAUUGUAAAACAUAAAAAAUGUUGAAACUAAGUAUUGUUCUGUUUCUGGUGGGGUUAGCUGCUUGCAGCCCACCAGUCACAAAGACGAGGGAGCAAAUAGAAUCCUUCAGGAAUUUCUUGGAGAAGAGUCGUACAGAACAUGGCGUGCGUCUGUCAGAGCGCAUGUUGGCCAAUCCUAAGGCAAGCGCGUGGGAGAAUAGUGGCAAGUUCGAGGGAGACAUUAUCCUCGAUGACUGGCAGGUGGAGGCGCUGGUACAGCAGUACUCCGGUGCAAGGAAUGCCUACAUCUGGCCUGGCACCAAGUGGCCGGAAAACACCAUUGUUUAUGAGUUUGGGGAGGGGGAAUUUGAUGAUGAACAAAAAGAAGCAAUUAUGGUCUCUAUCAGGGACAUUGAACAAAAUACGUGUCUGAAAUUCCGGGAGAGACGUCGCGGAGAAUUCAACUACGUCAAACUUACGGGUCGACCCGACGGCUGCUACGCUAACGUAGGCUACUGGUACGACCGUGGUCUGCACAUCAUGAACCUGGCCCGCAGCAGACCUGGCCAGGGUUGCUUGACACACACCACUAUUGUCCACGAGUGGCUGCACAUCAUCGGCUUCUUCCACAUGCAGUCGACUUACAACCGCGACGACUACGUCCGUAUUAUGUGGGAUAACGUUUGGCCAGGUAUGGAGCACAACUUCGAACAUUACGAUACCAACAUCGUAAACAACAUGGCCUUGCCUUACGAAUACACUAGCUGUAUGCAUUACGGCCCUUACGGAUUUAGCACAAACGGGGAGCCGACUAUCGUACCAAUACGUAGUUUCGAAGGUGUAAUGGGUCAGCAGGAAUACAUAACUGAAUACGAUUGGCAUCGAACGAGAAGACAUUACAACUGCCCCGGAGGAUGGUCCAAAGAAAUAAAUUCUGACGCAGACGAACAGAAAGUUAACUUCGUCGAAGGUCAAGAAGUUCCAUACGAUGAAUAAAUUAUUCCAAAAUAUAUGACUAAGAA